AUGGAUGGUGCCCCUUUUGAUGAUUCUACCUUAUAUUGUCAGCUGGUGGGAAACCUGAUAUAUCUGACUGUUACUCAACCUACCAUUGCCUAUGUUGUUCAUAUCGUCAGUCAAUUCAUGUCCGCUCCUCGGACGACUCAUUACUCUGCUGUUCUGCGGGUUCUUUGGUACGUCAAAGACACUCUCCUCUAUGGUCUUCAUUAUUCAGCUCGCUCGUCCUUGGUUUUAACCGGGUACUCUGAUGCUGAUUGGGCGGGAGAUCCCACCGAUCAUCGUUCGACUACUGGCUUUUGUUUCUUUCUCGGUGAUUCGCUUAUUUCUUGGCGCAGCAAGAAUGAGACGCCCUCUACUACCACUAUCCAUUGUGAUAGUCAGAGUACCAUGAAGAUUUCGACGAAUAAUGUUUUUCAUGAGCAUACGAAACAUAUUGAGAUCGUCUGUCAUCUUGUAUGUCAUCACGUUGCUAACGGCAACGUCUCCUCGUCCUCCACUUCUUAUGCUGAUCAGACUGCUGAUGGCUUCACCAAGCCUCGUUUAUCCGAUCGUUUUCAGUCAUUCUUGAGCAAACUCAAGCUAGUUUCCACACUCCCACGUUGA